UCCCGGCCAGGGCCAGUCGCGAGCUAAGGCGCGCGGAGCUGCAGUGUCUGGCUCAGAGUCCCCGGGGAAGAUCACGCCUUGGAGUCUGCAGUCACUGCGCAGGUGGACGCGCCCGGGCCGGACCCUCCAACCGCCGCCCCUCCCCCCGCGGGGUCCCGAGCUAGGUCAUGGGGGGCACCGCUCGCGGGCCUGGGCGGAAGGAUGCGGGGCCACCCGGGGCCGGGCUCCCGCCCCAGCAGCGGAGAUUGGGGGAUGGUGUCUAUGAUACCUUCAUGAUGAUAGAUGAAACCAAAUGCCCACCCUGUUCAAAUGUAGCCUGCAAUUCUUCUGAACCACCUCUACCCAGAAGAGUAAAUAUCACCACAGAGCAGUUAAUAAGAGACCAUACUCAGCACUUUCUGAAUGGAGGUGAAAUAAAGGUAGAACAGCUAUUUCAAGAAUUUGGCAGCAAAAGAUCUGAUAUUCUUCAGUCAGAUGUUAUCAACGAUUCUGAAAAAUGCUUUCCUGUUGCUUGUCAGGGUAAAAGUUUAGAUAACUUGUAUUCAGUAAAAUCCAACAGUUCAUCCAAAGCACCUAAAGUGGUCCCGCUGACUCCAGAGCAAGCACUGAAGCAGUAUAAACACCACCUCACUGCUUAUGAGAAGCUGGAGAUUAUCAAUUAUCCAGAAAUCUAUUUUGUGGGUCCAAAUGCCAAAAAGAGACAUGGAGUUGUUGGUGGCCCCAAUAAUGGGGGAUACGAUGAUUCAGAUGGGUCCUACAUUCACGUACCUCGAGACCAUCUAGCUUACCGAUAUGAGGUGCUGAAAAUUAUUGGCAAGGGGAGUUUUGGGCAGGUGGCCCGGGUCUAUGAUCACAAACUUCGACAGUACGUGGCCCUAAAAAUGGUGCGAAAUGAGAAGCGCUUCCAUCGUCAAGCAGCUGAGGAGAUCCGGAUUUUGGAGCACCUGAAAAAACAGGAUAAAACCGGUAGCAUGAAUGUCAUCCACAUGUUGGAAAGUUUCACAUUUCGGAACCACGUCUGCAUGGCCUUUGAAUUGCUAAGCAUAGACCUUUAUGAGCUAAUCAAAAAAAACAAGUUUCAAGGUUUUAGCGUACAAUUAGUACGCAAGUUUGCUCAAUCCAUCUUGCAAUCCUUGGAUGCUCUCCACAGAAAUAAGAUUAUUCACUGUGACCUGAAGCCAGAAAACAUUCUCCUGAAACACCAUGGGCGCAGUGCAACCAAGGUCAUUGACUUUGGGUCCAGCUGUUUCGAGUACCAGAAGCUUUAUACGUAUAUCCAGUCUCGGUUCUACAGAGCUCCCGAGAUCAUCUUAGGAAGCCGCUACAGCACCCCUAUUGACAUAUGGAGUUUCGGCUGCAUCCUUGCGGAACUUUUAACGGGACAGCCUCUCUUUCCUGGAGAGGAUGAAGGUGACCAGUUGGCCUGCAUGAUAGAGCUGUUAGGGAUGCCACCACCCAAACUCCUGGAGCAAGCCAAACGUGCCAAGUACUUUAUCAACUCCAGGGGCCUCCCUCGCUAUUGCUCUUUGACCACCCAGGCAGACGGGAGGAUUGUGCUUAUGGGGGGUCGCUCACGAAGGGGUAAAAAGCGGGGUCCCCCAGGCAGCAAAGACUGGGAGACAGCACUGAAAGGGUGUGAUGACUACUUGUUUAUAGAGUUUUUGAAAAAGUGUCUUCACUGGGACCCCUCUGCCCGUCUGACCCCAGCUCAAGCAUUAAGACACCCUUGGAUUAGCAAGUCAGUACCCAGACCGCUUGCCACCACAGACAAAGUGUCAGGGAAGCGGGCAGUCAAUCCCACAAAUGCUUUCCAGGGACUGGGUUCCAAGCUGCCUCCAGUUGUUGGAAUAGCCAAUAAGCUUAAAGCUAACCUGAUGUCAGAGAGCAGUGGCAGUAUACCUCUGUGCAGUGUCUUGCCAAAACUGAUUAGCUAAUGGACAGAAAUAUACUCCGAGAUGCGUGUGUAUGUAUUUUUAAUUAACAAAACUGAGAAUGGAAAAAAAUGCAAGCCCAUUGGUGGAUAUGUUUUUGUUAGACUAGACUUCUUUUUUUUUUUAACAAGGCAAAACAUUUUUGUAUGACUGUAAAAGAAUUCUUCAAGGGCUAAUUACCUAACCAACUUGUACUGGCCAUAUGGAAUAUACAUUAAAUGACUUUUUAUAGGUCAAUG